AUGGUCGAGACCAUGAGCGGUGAGCAGCGUCCUCUCGCUGCAGCGCCUCUGGAUUUACGCACGAGAGCGCGUGGGAGCAGCGAGGCGGACCGUGCCAAAGACCGUGCGGACCCGAGCAGGACGCGCCACUCGCCCGCUCCUGCUGCUGCUCCUGCUGUACCUGCUGCUGCUGCUGUCCCUGCUGCUGCUGCUGCCUCUGCCUCGGGCCCAGAAAGAGUCUGUUUGGACCGGCAUGUGUCUCUGCUGAAGACCAGCAUCAGCGCAGAGAGCAGACGGGGGGACAAGGCGCCCCUGAAGCUUCCCUUCAGAAAACGGAAGAUUCCUUUCGUGCAGGAGACUACUGGAAAUGAGGACAGCUCACCGAGGACAACUCCAGGCGAGGGGACUGAAGGGGCCCCAACUGCACCCCACUGGUCUCCUUUCACAUCUUAUGUGCCAUAUUACUACCUGUACCCCAGCCCUGAGCCGAUGGGGCCGGUCCCCCCACACACUGGACACCUGUGCUCCCCCAGUGCACUGGCCACAUGGCAGGAUGAAGAUGGAGACACCCCUCUACACAUUGCAGUGGUUCAAGGCAAUACACCGGUUGUCCGUAAACUGCUUCAUAUCUUCUUGAUGGAGCACAAAAGUGUUGAUAUCUACAACAAUCUCCGGCAGACACCUCUUCAUCUGGCAGUAAUCACGCAGCAGGCAAACAUGGUGGAAGCUCUACUCAAAGCAGGAGCAGAUCCCGUGGCUUUGGACCGAAACGGACAGACGGCCCUGCACCUGUGCUGUGAAUACGAGCAGAGAGAAGGCCUGUCUCUGCUUCUGUCACUCCGCUUGGACUCCACCUGCCUGGAGAUACGCAACUACGAAGGUCUGAGCCCUCUUCAUUUAGCAGUGCUGCACGGUCAAAAGGAACUGGCUCGAAUGUUGAUCGAUGCUGGAGCCGAUAUUAACUCGAUGGAUAAUAAAAGUGGUCAAACCCCCCUGAUGCAUGCCAUCGAGAGCAAUAAUGUGAAUAUGGUCCACUUCCUCAUUGAGAAUGGUUGUGAGGUCAACAGUCAGUCGUACAGCCGCAACACAGCUUUACACUGCGCCUGUGGCCGUGGGCAGGUGGAAACGGUGCGACUGCUGCUGAAAAGUGGAGCUGACACUGGACUCAAAAACUACCACAAUGACACCCCUGUUAUGGUGACCACCAAUAGAAAGAUUUCAGAUGUAAUACGUGGAAAAAGUUCUAAACAAGUGCGAAUCCAAGAUCAGCAGUAUCUGAGUCCUUCACACAGGAGCACAGUGAGCGAUAGUGACCCUUCUUCUCCAAGUCAGAGCCGUGUGUGUUCGCCAUCCUCCGCUCUCUUCAUGUCUCACCAAAGGCACCCACGGCGGGUCUUGUGGGCUACGAUCACGGAUGUUUCCUUGAACUUUGCUGUGUCGGAUCGUCAGUUCUUUGAAAGUCACAAAGAAUGGGAAGUGUGUUGGCUGCGAGCUCUCCCAGCCCGGAUCCACCUGCGCCUGGAGCUGCCGGCUGAGAGAGAGGCUUCUCUGCCAAACCCCGGCACUUAUGAAGAGUGUCAUCGCAAGUGCAAAGAGGUGUUUCCUUUACAGAUGGAAGGCGUGCGGUUGAUGGUUAACAAAGGCUUGAGUAACAACUUUCAAGUUAGCCAUACCGUCACUCUAAGCACUGUAGCAGAUUCGGGCUAUCGUUUCGGUACCACCUACGUAGGAAGUAAACAAACCAGCCCCACAGAGUCUUUCCCAGUGGUGGUUGGUGAUAUGGACAAUACCGGCAGCCUGAACGCCCAGAUAAUACAUCAGCUCACAUCUGCUGUUCGAUCCAAAAUAGCAAUUCAGACCCAACAGCAGAAAUUUGUCAACUGGCAGUGCGACAUGGAGUACAGAGGAGAAGAUUUUACUUCGGCCGUGACGCUCGGAAACCCUGAUCUACUUUUAGGAUCAGGCCUUUUAGUGGCCCACUAUCUGCAGUCCAUCACGCCGUCUCUGGCUUUGGGAGGUGAGCUCGUGUAUCACCGGAGACCUGGGGAUGAGGGAACAGUCACUUCCUUUUUAGGAAGAUAUACAGGUGAUAACUAUGUAGCGACAUUGACCUUGGGCAGUGCAGGAGCUCAUGCAACAUACUACCACAAAGCCAAUGACCAGUUACAGUUAGGAGUUGAAUUUGAAGCCAAUACACGAAUGCAAGAAACAUCAACCUCUUUGGCUUAUCAGUUAGACCUCCCUAAAGCUAAUUUCCUCUUUAAAGGUACAAUUGAUAGUAAUUGGGUUGUAGGAGCCACCCUUGAAAAGAAACUUCCCCCACUGCCGCUUACACUAGCUUUGGGAGCUUUUUUAAAUCAUCGCAAGAAUAAGUUUCAGUGCGGCUUUGGCGUCACUAUUGGUUAA